UUCCACCACCGCCCCGCCCCGCCCCGCCCCGCCCCCAGAAAAUCCCUCGGAUUCAACUGUCAACCAAAAUACAUUAUUCAAAUCUUCUCCAAUCUCAAAAUUUCCACACAGAUAAAUCUCAAAUCUAUUACAGGUAUAUAUAUAGUUAUAUAUACAUCCAUAUAUACACGCGCACACGAAGAGUGAUUGCGGAGAGGCUUUGAGUGGGAACUGUCUUCUGUGAUCGGCUGAUGACGGAUUCAUCAACGGAGGUUCCAUAGAAAUGGCAGAGGAUCAGGCGAUGGAGAAAAUCUCGUCUGAAGAUGAAGACGACAAGAAUCAGAAGAAGAAGAAAGAGGACUACCUUUCAGAUCCAGAAUUAUUCAGCUGCGUGCUCCAACCUUACCCCGCCGACUCCGAUCCCGAGUACAUCGGAAUACGCCGCCUUCUCCUCCAUCGCAAGGCUCAGUCCGGCAUCGUUCUGCGCAAGGACUGGAGAUGCAAUGGAAAAGGUUAUGUGGGCUACCGCAAUUAUAUCAAUAGGCCGAGGAACUGGGAAAGUAUGCAUGUACCUAGCCACUCGAGCACUCCUGGACAAAGUGGGCGAUGGAUAUCAUCUUCGGCUCCAUUCUCUCUUUCAUUUGAGGUGGACAGCUGUACUUCUAGCCGGGAACUGAGGAGUGGAAAUCAAGCUUUGAGCCACAGGCUAAGUUUCAGCACAAAUGCAAGUGAUAGUGAUCGCCCACACAUUAAGAGAGCGGAACCUGCAUAUUCCUUCGUAGGGAUGCAUUGCAUAUUUGAUCAAUGCAAAGCCAUGGUUACAGUUGUAAAGUUUGGGCACAUGAGUUCUGAUAUACUUGCAUAUGGGGCAUCAGAUGGUACCUUGACAGUUUGCAAUGUCUCUGAGCCACCUUCAGUUAUCAAGCAGUUAAUAGGGCAUUCAAAAGAUGUCACAGAUUUUGACUUCACCUCCAGCAAUCAGUACAUUGCAUCAUCUUCAAUGGACAAAACGGUCAGAAUAUGGGAAAUAUCUAAAGGCCUUUGCAUUCGGGUGAUAUAUGGAGUCACUUCUCAACUUUGUAUCCGAUUUCAUCCGGUGAAUAACAACUUCCUUUCAGUUGGCAACGCAAACAAGGAAAUCACUGUGUUCAAUUUCAGUACCGGUAGAGUAAUUUGUAAAACUGUCUUUGACAAUGAGGUUACUGCGAUGGACCAUGAUCACACUGGUCAGCUUAUUUUCUGCGGGGAUGCUCAGGGAAGUGUAUACUCAGUUUCUAUGGACUCUCGCACAGGUUCAUUGUCGCGGGCACAUACCCAUCGAAGUGGAAACAAGCACAAAUCUCCAGUCUCAACUAUGCAGUAUAGAACGUUUUCCCUUCUGGCGCGGGGUCCUGUUUUGCUGGCUUUUACUCGAGACGGAAAUUUGUCUUUCUUUAGUGUUGCCUUGGAGGUACAAGGUUAUUUAACUAUUCGGUGCUCGCUACAAUUGUCUUCUAGACUACACAGCAUCCGUGCUUCCUUCUGCCCUCUACUUUCCCUUGAGAAAGGAGAAUACAUAGUUGUUGGAAGUGAGGAUGCAAACGUUUAUUUUUAUGACUUAACUCGGCCAAGGCACCCAUGCGUAAACAAGCUACAGGGACACGGCUAUCCGGUCAUAGGUGUUGCUUGGAACCAUGGAGAGAACUUUUUGGCAUCUUCUGAUUUUGGUGGCACUGUUAUUGUUUGGAAAAGAGCCAAGACAAGUUAAGGCCGAUCACAUUCAGAGGUAAAUUUCGAAUGCAUACCAGAGUAAUGUGAAACAUCGUUCAAUUUUGUUUUGCACAAAUUCGACGUUCUUUUGCAGAACCGCGACCGUUUUCUGUGUAUCAUGUAACAAGUAAAAUACCUGUACAUUAGACAGAUUAAGAUUAGGAAGUGGAGCGACCACAAGUCGUACUCAAUUCUUUGUACUCUUGGAUUUGUACUUGGAUCGGGAUAUGAAAUCAUUCUUUGUGCCUCU